AUGAAGAGAACUCCUGUUGGAAGGAAAGGAAAUUUCAUCAGCAACGUCAUGUGGAGGAACAUCGUCAUGGGACAGGCCAUCUACCAGUUCCUUGCGAUUUGGUAUCUGCAGGCUGAAGGGAAAUGGCUCUUUGGAAUCGAGGGAGACAACUCCGAUCUAGUCCUGAACACAAUCAUCUUCAACUGCUUCGUAUUCUGCCAGUUACUCAAUGAGGUGAGCUUAAGGGAGAUGGAGAGGAUAAAUGUCUUUGAGGGCAUCCUAGACAACAACGUGUUCGCCACGGUCCUCGGCAGCACCGUCGUCUUCCAGUUCAUCAUAAUCCAGUUCCUCGGCAACUUCGCGAACACGACCCCUCUCACGUUCACGCAGAGGAUCGCCAGCAUUUUCAUCAGCUUCAUACUUUCAUAG